AUGUCUACUCUACUGGAAAAUAUCAUGGCCAUUAUCAACCUAUUCCAUGACUAUUCAACAACAGACAAGGAAACUGACACACUGAGCAAAGAAGAACUGAAGGAGCUCCUGGAAAUGGAGUUUCGGCCAAUCCUGAAGAAUCCAGAUGACCCAGACACUGCUGACGUCUUCAUGCAUAUUCUUGAUUUAGACCAUGACAAGAAAAUAGACUUCUCAGAGUUUUUUCUGAUGGUAUUCAAAUUGGCUCAAGCAUACUAUGAUAUGACCAGAAGACAGAACUUCCAAGCAUCAGAACAAAACCAAAAAAAAUAUGCGUACCACACACAAGAUGAAGAAGAUGACACAGGGGAAGACAAAGUAGAAGAAGAGAAAGAAGAAAGAAUUAGAAAAUCCAGUCAAUCAGGAAAAAAUCAUAGAAAGGGGAAGAAAACAAUAUCCAACAGCCCAAAAGGAAGAGGAGGAAAGGGACAUGAACAGACAUCAGACAGCUCUAGACAUGCACGAUCCCAUAAGGGUCAGGUAGCUGACAGUAGACACUCUGAGUCAGGAUCUCCCCAUCGCCAAUCAUCCACUUGGACACAUGGCUCUAGACAAUCACAGUCUGGACAUGGAAAAUCAUCAUCUGAAAUCAGGCCAGCGAAAAGUCCAGGGUCCAGGAUUAGGCAGGACAGUGAUAGUGAAGGACACUCAGAAGAUUUGGAAAUACAGUUUGGAUCUGCCUCAGGAAACCAAUAUGGAUCUCCCCAUGGCCAUGCAGGAGACAGCUCGAGAUGCUCUGAGUCUCAUCAAUGGCAGACAGACAAUCAUGCACAGUCUAAGUCUACCCAUAGACGGUCAAGCUCUGGUACCAGAAGAAGACAAGGAUCUAGUCAUAGACACUCUACACACACCUCUAGACAAUCAAGGUCUCCUUAUGGAGACACAUCCUCUCAGGAAUACACAGGCUCCUUCCAUAGGCAGUCAAAACCAAGCACAAGAGGAAGACAAGAACCUUGGCAUGAGCAGUCAACAGACAGAUCCAAACAUUCAGGCACUGAAUAUGGACAACAAUCCUCCAGAUCCAGAGCAAGCAAGCAUCAGGGAUCCAGUGUGAGUCAGGCCACCGACACUGAAGGACAUUCAGAAGAUUCAUGUAGAGAAUCCUCAAAGACCCACAAAAGAACUGGUUCCACAUCAAGGAAUCAACACGGGUCUACCCAUAGCAGGUCAGCUGACAGAUCCAGGCAACCAGGGUCCCAUAAAGGGCAGAGGGCCAAACAAAGGCAGCCUGAAUCUGCCCACAAAAACUCGGGAUCCACCACCAGGGAAAGACAAGGGCGCCAUAAUGAGCAGUCACAGGAGAGCUCCAGACACUGGAAAACUGGACAGGGACAAACCUCUUCUGAAUCUGAUAACAGCAGACACCAGGGAUCCAGUAUCAGUCAGUCCAGUGACGCUGAAGGACAAUCAGAAGACUCAGAUACGCAGUCAGGCUCAGUCCAGGAACGGUCCAGGUCCAGGCAAAGGAGACAACAUGGCAGUGCACAUGGCAGUCCUGAGCACUCAGGGGAUCACUUCUACCAGAUAUCCUCCCAAGAACAGUUUGAUUCUGUCCAUGGACAGUCUCAAUCCAAUCCAGACAAUCCAGGACCCUUCAAGGACAGACAGCUAUCCAUGGGCAGUCUGACUCUGCCCACCGAGACUCAGGAUCCAGAACCAGGGAAAGACAAGGGCCCCACCGUGAGCAAUCAGGAAACACAACCAGACACCCAGGGUCCAAUCAAGGGCAAACAGACACCCAAGGGCAGUCUGACUCAACCCACCGAGACUCAGGAUCCAGCACCACGGAAAGACAAGGGCACCACCCUGAGCACUCAGGAGAAAGAUCCAGACAAUCCAGGACCCUUCAAGGACAGACAGCUCUCCAUGGGCAGUCUGACUCUGCCCACCGAGACUCAGGAUCCAGCACCAGGGAAAGACAAGGGCACCACCCUGAUCAAUCAGGAGAAAGAUCCAGACACCCAGGGUCCCAUCAAGGGCAGACAGGCUCCCAUAGGCAGUCUGACUCUGCCCACCGAGACUCAGCAUCCACCACCAGAGAAAGAAAAGGGCACCACGCUGAGCAGACAGGAGACAGAUCCAGACACCCAGGGACCCAUCAAGGACAGGCAGGCACCCAUAGGCAGUCUGACUCAACCCACCAAGACUCAGGAUCCAGCACCAGGGAAAGACAAGGACGCCACCCUGAGCAAUCAGGAGACAGAUCCAGACACCCAGGGUCCCAUCAAGGGCAGACAGGAACCCAUAAGCAGUCUGACUCAACCCACCGAGACUCAGGAUCCAGCACCAGAGAAAGACAAGGGCACCACCCUGAGCAGACAGGAGACAGAUCCAGACACUCAGCGACCCAUCAAGGACAGGCAGGCACCCAUAGGCAGUCUGACUCAACUCACCAAGACUCAGGAUCCAGCCCCAGGGAAAGACAAGGACGCCACCCUGAGCAAUCAGGAGACAGAUCCAGACACCCAGGGUCCCAUCAAGGGCAGACAGGUACCCAUAAGCAGUCUGGCUCAACCCUCCAAGACUCAGGAUCCAGCACCAGAGAAAGACAAGGGCACCACCCUGAGCAGACAGGAGACAGAUCCAGAGACUCAACGACCCAUCAAGGUCAGGCAGGCACCCAUAGGCAGUCUGACUCAACCCACCGAGACUCAGGAUCCAGCCCCAGGGAAAGACAAGGACGCCACCCUGAGCAAUCAGGAGACAUAUCCAGACACCCAGGGUCCCAUCAAGGGCAGACAGGCACCCGUAGGCAGUCUGACUCAACCCACCGGGACUCAGGAUCCAACACCAGGGAAAGACAAGGGCGCCACCCUGAGCAGACAGGAGACAGAUCCAGACACUCAGGAACCCAUCAAGGACAGGCAGGUUCCCAUAGGCAGUCUGACUCAACCCACCGAGACUCAGGAUCCAACACCAGGGAAAGACAAGGGCGCCACCCCGAGCAAUCAGGAGACAUACCCAGACACCCAGGGUCCCAUCAAGGGCAGACAGACACCCAAGGGCAGUCUGACUCAGCCCACCGAGACUCAGGAUCCAGCACCACGGAAAGACAAGGGCACCACCCUGAGCAGUCAGGAGAAAGAUCCAGAAACUCCGGGACCCAUCAAGGACAGACAGCCAUUCACUGGCAGUCUGACUCUGCCCACCGAGACUCAGGAUCCACCACCAGGGAAAGACAAGGGCGCCACCAUGAGCAGUCACAGGAUAGCGCCAGACACUGGGAAACUGGACAUGGACAAACCUCUUCUGGAUCUGAUAACAGCAGACACCAGGGAUCCAGUAUCAGUCAGUCCAGUGACGCUGAAGGACAAUCAGAAGACUCAGAUACUCAGUCAGGCUCAGUCCAGGAACGGUCCAGGUCCAGGCAAAGGAGACAACAUGGCAGUGCACAUGGCAGUCCUGAGCACUCAGGGGAUCACUUCUACCAGAUAUCCUCCCAAGAACAGUUUGAUUCUGUCCAUGGACAGUCUCAAUCCAGUGCCAGGGGGAGACAAGGAUCCCGCCAUGAGCAGGCACAUGACAACUCUAGACAUGCAGGAUCCCAUGAGGGUCAGGCAGCCGAUGGUGGGCACUCUGACUCAGGAUCUCACCACCAGCAAUCAUCCACUCGGGCACAUGGCUCUAGACAAUCGCAGUCUGGGCAUGGACAAUCGUCAUCUGAAUUCAGGCCGGCCGGUGAGAAACCGGGGGUCCAGUAUUAGUCAGGACAGUGAUAGCGAAGGGCACACUGAAGAUUCUGAGAGCCAAACUGGAUCUGGCUCAGGAAACCAACAUGGAUCUGCCCAUGGCCAUGUAGGAGACAGUUCUAGACACUCUGAGUCUCGUCAAGGGCAGAGAAACAAUAAUCAUGGACAGUCUGAGUCUGGUCAUGGACACUCAGACACCGGUACUGGAAGGAGACAAGGAUCUAGUCAUGGACACUCUGUAGAUAUCUCUAGACAAUCAGGGCCUCUUCAGGGGCAGAGUGGAAAUCAUGGGCAGUCUGAGUCAGGAUUUGGACAGUUUCAGCAUGGUCGUGGAAGUCUUGGUUCCCCCUAUAUGGAAUCCAGGGACAUAUGUGAGUUUGGAGAAAAAUUUAUGUCAUCCAAUGUAACAGACAGAAAUAUGAACCCAGGAACAUAUGGCCAUUCAAGGGAUAAUUCAAAGCAGUUGGGAUUUAUUCAGUCACAAAGUUAUUAUUAUUAUGAGUGA